GUGCCUUCCUGAUACCAUACCUCAUUCUGCUGGUGCUGGAGGGAAUGCCGCUCCUGCUGCUGGAGUUUGCCAUUGGCCAGCGUCUGAGGAAAGGCAGUGUGGGAGUGUGGAGGGCCAUCAACCCUUAUCUGACUGGUAUUGGUAUAGCCUCCAUGCUGGUGUCCUUCUUGGUUGGACUGUACUACAACACCUUAAUAGCCUGGAUCAUAUGGUAUCUCUUCAAUUCCUUUCAAAGCCCACUGCCUUGGACCCAGUGUCCUCUCAAUGACAACAGCACAGCAUUUGUACCCGAGUGUCAAGAGAGCUCCACUGUGGAUUACUACUUUUACCGAGUGACUCUGAACACUACAACCUCUAUAGCUGACUCAGGAGGACUCCACUGGCCCAUUGUAGUCUGCCUGUUCACCGCCUGGACGUUCAUCUGUAUCUGCUACAUACGGGGGAUCGGCACGUCAGGCAAGGCAGUGUAUGUCACUGCCAUCCUGCCGUACAUAGUGCUGGCUAUCUUCCUGAUCAGAGGGCUGACUCUCAAAGGAGCACUGAGCGGAAUAGCGUUCCUCUUCACACCAGACGUUGAUGAGCUGAUGAACCCGACGACAUGGCUGGAUGCAGGUGCCCAGGUCUUUUAUGCCUUCAGUAUAGCGUGGGGAGGCCUCAUCUCCUUCUCAAGCUACAACCCUAUUCACAACAACUGCAUGCAAGAUGCUGUGAUCCUGACAGUCAUAACUGGUGCCACCUCAAUCUACGCUGCCACGGUCACCUACACCAUCAUCGGCUUCAGGGCCACUGAGAAAUAUGAAAAGUGUAUCAGUGAGUGAGUACAUUGUAUCGGUGAGUCGUCACAAAAUGUGGGGCCCUCAACCUAACCACUCGACCAUGAUUCCUAAUCCUAACCACUUGUCAGGAGAUCAAGGUCAUAAUGCCUUGACCAAGCGAUCAACCUAUAACCCGAACCAUUCGACCU